AAUACCUAUUGGAUUGGGUAUAGUUUGAUUACCUUCUGGUUUCUUCACAACUUUGUUUGGUUUUGGAAAUAACUAAAAAUAUAACCAAAUCUUUGUUUUUCUGUUACGGUUGUAAAAUCCUGUCAUUGAAAGUUAGGUCAGUAUUGAACAACAAGAAUGGUUUGUAAUUCACAUCAGUAUAAAGAUGCAAUUUAAUGUACAUUAAUAUAUUGUAAAUCCAUUCCAUUUUUGUUUAUCUUCCCUUCCCAAAUCACAUUGCUCGGUUAGUAUAAGUACUAACUGUGGUAGCCCAUCACUCUCUCAUCCUUUACCACAGUACAGUUUUUACUCUUUUAAAUUUCAUUAUUCCUAUUGUGUAUAUUUUAACAGAUUAUCCUGACUAUACCUACUUUAGUGCUUACUUGUGCUUAAAUUUUUUUAAUUAGUUACAUAAUCUUUACCCCUUUUGCUUUUUCAGAUUUAUGGACAAGAAGUUAUCAUUGAAAUUAAAUGGUGGCAGACAUGUCCAAGGAAUAUUGAGGGGAUUUGAUCCCUUUAUGAAUCUUGUGAUAGAUGAAUGUGUGGAGAUGGCAACUAGUGGGCAACAGAACAAUAUUGGAAUGGUGGUAAUACGAGGAAAUAGUAUCAUCAUGUUAGAAGCUUUGGAACGAGUAUGAACAAUGGCUGUCUUCACCAGAGAAAUCAACUGCUUCCACAUGUCCUCUCUCCACAUUUUACUACGAUGAAAAUUGGGUCGUGUACAUUUUCUUACUGAACUUUUUUGUUAAAUAAACUUCUGUAAUAGUCAAAAAUGCUUUCUCAGCUGUUCUGAACAUAGAAGAUUUGCUCUUAUUCUGAUUUUUUUCUAUCAUGACCUGUUCCUGGUUGUGACUGAUUUGUUCACGGGUGGUGUUUUUUGUUUUUUCUGUUUGGGGGGCGGGUUUUGGCCAUGCUGGGUCUUCGUAGUUGCGUGCAGGCUUUCUCUAGUUGCAGUGAGCGGGGGCUAUUCUUUGUUGCAGUGCACGGGCUUCUCAUUAUGGUGGCUUCUCUCGUUGCAGAGCACAGGCUCUAGACGCUCAGGCUUCAGCAGUUGUGGCGCACGGGCUUAGCUCUACAGCAUGUGCGAUCUUCCUGGACCGGGGAUCAAACCCCCGUCCCCUGCAUUAGCAGGCGGAUGCUCAUCCACUAGAAUUCCCUGAGGUUUUUAAUGCAUUAAAAUACAAGAAUCUUAUUAAAUAUGAAACAUUG